AUGGCCGCCGAUCUCAUAAUGCCCGCCUUGCCGGGCCACGACCAGCAGUCGCGACACUUUUUGCCGCCCCAACGCCCGAUGCUGCACAGCAGAACCCAAUCCUACCACACCCUGUCCGGGCCCCUCGUCUCUCCCAUCAGCGGCACCCACCUCAGCCCGAACCAGGCGUGCUCCUUUUCCACUCCGCCGUCGCCCAAAGGUCACAGCACCCGCCGCCGUCGCCCCGCCUACAUGCCCGCCGUCUUGCGGCCCUGCGACGAGUUCCCCCCCAGGAUCAUGACCCCCACCCGGCUGUCCGGCUCGACCUCCGACUCCGACUCCGACACCACCCUUCGCCGCACCAACUCGAACCUGAUGAGCCUCCCGGGACUCGGUGCCUUGGGUCACAAGCUCACCCGCCGCACCACGGGCGAGAGUGUCAAGACCCUGGAUGGCGACUGGAAUCUCGACUCUUUCCCCGAGCCCGAGGCUCCCCCGACCCGAUCCCACUGGAAGGCCGAUCCCGAUUCCACCAUUUGCGACGACCCAACCUGCAAGCGUGCCUUCAACUACUUUGUUCGCCGCCACCACUGCCGCAGAUGCGGCAACAUCUUUUGCGACGGCCACUCGAGCUACGUUCUUCCCCUCGACCAGCACGCCAACUUCAACCCGCGAGCUGUGCACUCCCGCGCCUGCAACCACUGUUUCCAAGAGGUCAAGGCGCAGCAUAGCAGGCAUAAUAGCCAGUCCUCGGCCGCUCCAUCCUCGGCCGAGCCGUCAUCGAUUCCCUCGACACCCAUCGUUUCUCCCGGUGGACUUGCUCCAACUGCGCCGAGCGGUCCCGAAAUCGCAGCCAGCGUGCCGCGCGACUGGAACUGGAGCACCUUUUGA